AUGAAUCGUCUCAUCUCGCACGGUAAUGUCGAGGCGAUUCCGUUCUACAACUGCUCGCGGAGGAGCCACGACGAGUGGAUGGCGAUGGGAACGAAACGACCGUGGCUCGGAUACCCGCUCAUUGUGUUCGGCAUUCUCAUCGAAAUGCUCUACGUGCCCAUCAUUUAUAUCAUCUUCAAAACCAAACUGAUUCGCCAUUCCUGCUACAAAAUCAUCAUCCUUCUUGCGUGCAUCGACAUGAGUGCCACGUGUUGCAGCUGUCUGAUCACCGGACCGCUGCUUGUGAUGGGCGCCGUGUUCUGUGCCUACCCAACUUUUAUUUACAUCGCUGGAGGAUUUGUUUUGAGUGAGUAGGGAUUACUAAAGUUAUUAUUCUCUUUUUUGUUGUAGUUACUGGGCUACUGUAGCACUUUUGCACAACCUUUUUAGCUACCGUUCCCCUUUUCAGACACGUGGGUGAUGGCGUGCGCAACCACGAUCUGCCUCUUCCUCAACCGCAUCGUCAGCAUCGCAUUCAACAAGUACGCCGACGUCGUCGAGAAGAAGAUGGCGUACGCCUCGAUCGUCUUCUGCCUCUCCUACGGCUUCUAUUUCAUCUUCUUCACUCCGACCCUCUGCUUCAACUCGACCAUCAUGGCCUGGCUCCCGGAUCCGUUGGCCGAGAAAGUGCCGAGUCCACAGGCCGCUGAUUAUGUACCAUAAUCGAAGGAAUUUUUUGAUUUCAAGUAUACAUUUUUCAGUACAAAAACACACCCCAAGCGUGGAACAAUUGGAUUUUCGUUGGCUCAAUGGUCGUUUUGUUCAGCACGUACUAUGUUUUGAUCAAAAAGAUUGCGAUGGGUCAAAAGUCAAAGGCUUCCAAGGCUGUGAGUUUGGGUUCUAAUCGGUUUUUCGGUGACUACACUAAUGGUUUUGUGAGUGUUGUGAUCCUUUAUGUUCUCCGUUCCCAAAUAGUUUGUCCAAAUUCCCAGAUAUUCAUCCAAUGCGUCAUCAUUUGCUUCUUCAACACCAAUAUCGCUCUUAUCUACAACGCCCUCCCGUUUGUCACUCCCGCUCACUGGAUCCUUCUCGUUGCUCAGCUCGCCUGGGCCAUUAACCACGGAUGUCCGGCGCUCAUCUACGUCACAAUGAACGAGACGAUCAGAAGAGAGUUUCAGCGCCUCGUGUUCCGGACGGUUUCAAGGGUGAGCCCGCCUAUUUCGGAGCAUGUUCGAUUGAAACUCUUGCAGAAAGUCGUCGAUAACUCUUCCUCGGCGAUUCAAACAGCAACCAAUCGUUCGCGUAUUUGA